AUGUCAUUCCAGGAUGAGCCAAUGCAGCCGGCGCACAAUCGCCCUGCUCAUAACGUUAUACGCAUGGUUAAUGGGGUAACCAACGAACAGCAAGAUGUUAUAUUUGUAUAUCAUGGCGAUAUGGAGGGUAAAACAGAAUUUGUAGAAACCCCUCGACCCCUAAGCCUUCACCUCGGAGGGAAAUAUCGAUCAUGGCGAAGUGGCGAGCUCCCAGAGUCGCAAGUAAAGCGGACUUGCUCAGAGGCCAUUGAGGUCCGACGAGAUGAAAGCUACGACAAACAGUUAGGUAUCCCCGACUUGCAGGAAAUCACUCCUAAGCCACGUUCAACUUGGCGCCAUACUCUCCUCAAGCGACUUAUUCCCCUAGCCAUUGCUUACGCCGCCAUUAGCCUUGUAGGAUGGCUAAUCUUAUGGUUCUUUUCAUCCACGACGCCGGAUAUUCCGAUAAAGUGGGCUACACCAACUGAUAACGACUCGUCUCCGUCUGCUACGCCUUAUACCUUAGUCUGGACAAUCCCUCCACCUAAAAGUCUGCAUACUCUAAUUUCGGAUCACCAUGCACCCCUUCGCAGUAGCUGGACAAGUCUCCAUAAAGAUUUUUAUCGUGAGAUCGAGUCCAAUUUUAGCCAUAUAUACUCAGUUAUCACCCCAUAUAACUCAUUAAGAUCGGAUCAAUCGGCAUCAACGAACGAGCCGAGCCAAACUAGCGAUGACACAGGUCAUACUAUGAUAUUGUUAGGACUGUUAGACACUACUCUUUCAACUUUCAGCCAACAAAAUAAAUUACAGUCUUCGUGGGAAAGUAUGGUCCUUCAGCAAUGGGUUAGCUUAACCACUUGGUGGGACUGGGUAUCACCGGAAUUCGAAUUGCGACAAUUCCUACAGGCAUUCGUUUUGGAGAGUGAUUCGAAGUCUGCACUCAUCACUUUCAAUACAUUCGUUGUCCCACACAAUCGUCGGAUCUACGAUCUUUUCAACGAGGUCGUAUGUUCUGGUAUCUAUUCUCGUUACGAUCCUUGGCAUGGUAUGCGAGCACAUUACGCAGAAGCUAGGGACCUCCUUGGGUCUCUACAUAUGCAGAUUUCCGGUCUUCUAACGGAAAUAGAGCAUAGACAGAUGGGUAAUGAGCCUCGUAUAGAUUCAAUUCUCAAUAAACUCAACCAAACGCUCAUACUCGCUCGAGAAUCUGCUAGGAUCGGCCAACAUGCCGCCGGUAGCAUUGUAGCAGAAUUAGAAUCAACGUGCGAAAUGGUUUCGCAGGCCUCGCGCCUGAAGUGGAGGAUUCCAGCCAACAGCAACCAUACUCUGUUUGAAGGAUUGUUGUACAGCAGUGUAAAACGGGCCAAGAAUAGCGGACCUCUAAGUUAUUUUAAGAAGUCAUGGAGCGACUACCCUCCUAACGAUUGGGACGAAACAGGUACCUUUGACGACUUGGAUAUCCCAGCAAUCGAAGUCGGAGAAACAUGGCUAUCAUGGCCAUCAAAUAAGGUGGCUCUUGGCGAUCUACUAAACGUCACGACAAUCUUGAUGGACCUUCCACCUCUAUGA